GAUAUGGGACCUACUUGUAAUAAUCAAUAAUAUAGUGCCAUGUCAGCUUCCUUUGCCAUUUGUCAAAAUUUUUUUGCCUUUAUUUGGAGUAUAAAAUGGAGCCAAAGCCUCAAGCUCUUUGCUCUGCCACCAACUCCCGACACUAACACCAAAAACAGAGAAACAUUUCCCCCAAGCCUUAAAAAACCAAUGGAUUUUUUCCUUUUUCACUCCCCAAAUUCCAACUCUUCAUUGGAAUCUUCAUUCGGGUCACCGGAAAAUUUCCCUUUCGACCACAGCUCUCUUCCUUUCAAUGAAAAUGACUCCGAAGAGAUGCUUUUAUACGGGCUGCUCGCGGAGGCUACAGAAGAAGCAUUAGAAAUAACAUAUCCUGAUCAUCAAGUAAAGGAAGAAGAGGUUAGCUCAAUGGAAAAGGAAAGUCCGAAGAAAGAAAGGUCUUACAGAGGUGUAAGAAGGCGGCCGUGGGGGAAGUUUGCGGCUGAGAUAAGGGAUUCAACUAGGCAUGGCAUGAGGGUUUGGCUAGGAACAUUUGACAGUGCAGAAGCAGCUGCUUUGGCUUAUGAUCAAGCUGCUUUUGCCAUGAGAGGCUCCGCCGCGACACUCAACUUUCCGGUCGAAAGAGUGCAGGAAUCACUGAGAGACAUGAAGUGCAACCAAGAGGAAGGGUGUUCACCGGUGGUAGCUUUAAAAAGAAAACAUUCCAUGAGGAGGAAAAUGAUAAGAAAAAGAAAUAAAGAAAGAGAUACGAGGAUAAACAAUGUGGUGGUUUUGGAGGAUUUAGGAGCAGAUUACUUGGAAGAACUUUUGACUUCAUCUGAUCAAACUGCUUGA